AAAUCAAAAAAAACUUAACUCCACUUCUUUGCAAUUUAUAAAAAUCAUAAUAAAUUAAUAAUUGUUUUUAAUUAUUUAAAAAUGGCUUAAAAGUAAUAAUUUUCUUCCAAUAAUUAUUAAUACUCAUCAGACGAAGAGGAGGAUGAGGAUCCAUAUCAAUACAAUCACAGAAAUUAGUAUUAAAACCAACACAACUAGAAUGACGGCUAAGAUGAAGAGGAAGACUUAGACAACGAAGAUUAAGAAUAUGAAAAUCAAGAACAUGAAGAUUAUGAUUAAGAAUAAAAUUAGUAAGAAGAAGAUGAUGAAGAAGAAGAAGAUGAAGGUGAAGGAUAAUAUAAUGGAUAUUAUUAGAAAUAAAAUUAUAGAGGUGAUGAUAAUGCAGAAGAGGAAGAAGAUGAGUAAUAAGAAUCCUAUGCAAAUAACCUCGAAUAUAAACAAUAAAGGGAAUAUUUUUCAAAUUAACACUAAAUAAAAGAGCAGUCUGAAGAAGAAGAUGAUCACUAAAAUCAAGAUUAGCAAGAGGAUUUGGACAGUGAAGAAGAAUAAAUUAAAUAGUAUCAAGAGUUCUUGAAGCAAUAAUAGAUAAAGCAGUAGAUGAAUUUUAAUAAUCAAAAUCAAGGUGCUAGUUUAAAAAAUACUUAACAAAAAAAAUAAUAAAUUACUUCAGAUCAUGAAAAAUAAUCUAAUUUAAGUUAACAAUCCACAAAGAUUUAAAAGAAAAUAGAGUAGUCAAGCUCAGGAAAGAAAUAAAAUGUAAAAAAAGCUCAAAUGAAUAAUUUUCUUGAUAAAGAAAAUAUAAAGAAUAAGAGCAAUUAAUAAAAUAGAAACUACUAAUACAGCGAUGAUGAGGACAAUUAAGAAGAAGAAGAUGAUUCAAAUUAAUAGCUAUCCAACAAAUUCUAAAAAAAUAAUCUUUAACAAACUCAAUAGAAUCCAAAUACCUUUAGCUUUGGAGCCAACAAGAGACCUGUCAGUGCUGUGACAAAGUAAGCAGAUAAAAGUUAAUAGUAGAGCUUAAGUGAUCCAUAAAAUAACUAUUAAUUCAACUAGUUGAGCUAUGAAGAUUAAAUAGCUGAUUUAAAGAGAAAGAUGCAAUAAAAUAUUGAUUUCUAACCAAACUAAAAAAGAUUGCAAAUUUAAUAAAAUAGUCACCAAAUAAAUAAUGAUGAUUUUAACAACUUUGUUUAGGAAGAUGAUGCAGAAAACUCUAGCGAAAACUCUUUUGAUUAAUACAACUCUUAAAAUCACGGAAAAGAAAAUUAUUUGGCUCCAAAAAUGAAACAUUUGCAACAUGUCCCUCGCCCUAAGUCAUCAUAUAUUGUUUCCAAUAAUAACUAAAGCAAUUAAAAUAAUUAAGUAUAGUAAAACGUUUAGAAAGGACCCUAUCCUUAUCUUAAAAAAGGAAGCUCAGCUGCAGGUUUAGCUGUUAGCAGAGUCAAGACAGCAAGCACUACUAAUCUGAAUAACUCAAGAUAUAAUUCUAAGACAUAAUAAGAAAGUACUGAAUAAGAAUAUGAUAGACCAUCAACAGCUGCUACAUAUAAACCAGUUUAUAAGAUGUCUAUGAAUGAAUUCAAAAUUAAAAAUAAGUAAUUUGAUUACACAAACAAAAAGUUCAAGACAAUCCCAAAGAAAAGUGAUCCUGUUAGCAGAUUCUAAAGUAUGCAGCAAGCAUGGAAAUCAAAUAAAUUCCUUAAAAGCAAUAAUAACACAUCCUCUUCUAAAACCACAACAAGCGAAAGAGAAGGAAGAAAACUAAAUCUUUAAGAGAGAAUUUCAUCUUCUAAACCCUAAAAUGUGUUUUAUCGUUACAUGACUAAAAAUGAUAUAAUUAAUUAAUAUGUUUGA